AUGGCGGAAGUAGUAAUAAAUCCUUUGCCUUCAGGAUAUGAAUACGAGUUUAUUUCGACUGUCCUUGAAGAUCACCACUGCCUUAUCUGUCACUUACCUUUACGAGAACCAGUUCAAACAAGAUGUGGCCACAGAUUCUGCAAAAAAUGUCUUGAUGAAGCGAUUAGAAGGUAUGAAAAUCGAAAAUGUUGUAAGGGCAGGCUGUUUUUUUUGUCCUUUUAGCGUCGUCCGACCGAGCCAAAUUUUUGGCAUUUUCAAAAAAGAAACGUAACGACGUAGUUAAACCAUUUUUCACUUGAAAUAAUUCUUUUAAUGUGAAAAAUGAGCAUAGUAACAGCAUAGAGAAAAACAGGAACAAAGACAGGAACAGCAUGAUGCCCAGUAUCCGGACGGUACCAGUAUCCCGACACUGAAAACAAAAACUCAAUUUUUGAGGCGCCCUUUUCAGUUCUCGCUAAACGGAGUAUUUCGAAUGAAAGCUGAACAUUUCCGCUCUAAGAUGAAAGUUUUGGUGAGUUUAAAGGUUGCGAAACAGUCGCAGAAGACGCCGUUCUGUUCAGGUGAGUAACCUUGUCAUGGCUAAUAUUACGCUGUUUACUGUGCAGUAAAAUUGGUGCUGCUCAGAAAAGGGUAGGUAAUAUGUUAUAUUUUCAAAGAAACUGUUCUAUAUUUAAAGUGAAGAUACUUAAAGAAGUCAGGUUCUCAAAAAGUUUAUUACUUCUUCUUGAAAUUCGAUUUGUUUGGAAAAACGGAGGCCAGUAUCCAGACAGUUUUUUCUUUGCUGUACAGAAUCAGAAUCGAUGAAUUAGCUGUGUACAUUAUUCGGAUAAGAUUUAUUUCAUAUCUGUAACUAUAAUUAAAGCUUAGGAUAUAUGAUAUAGUCGUAAAAUGUAGUUCUACUCAACUCCGUGUGGAAAUUUUCUUCACUCAUUCAGAGGCGACUUGAUUUCGUGUGCACGGCUUGUUCCGCGUGACUGCAUUUUCCAUAUAUAACCGAAAGCGUCGUAGUUGGACCUGGAAUUCUCAUACUUUCCCCAGUUGUGACUGCUAGAAUGAGGCUGCAACGGUCUGAAAAAUGUCACUAAGGGAUUGAGAGACGUGAAAGAAGAAGAAAUUAGUGCCAGAAAAGCAGGCUUAUUGUGGGGACUGAGCAUGAAGAAACUGCAGGUCAAACACUGCAGGUCAGACUAAAUAGGAGGGUGAUCUUUGACCGUCGGAUUGAGGUCCCUUCCCCAAGCUUUUUUUUAAAAUAAAAAAUGAAGAAAAAAAAGUUGUUUGCAGAUUGGUUAAUUCAGCUUACAAACCGCGGCUUCGGCAUGUCCACGGAUGCCUUUCUUAAAUCAGUGAAAAAGGUUCCUAUAGACAAGGAAGUAAGAAUUAUACCAUUUAACAGCCACUCGCGUUCCCUACCAUACUCCAGUCAUUUGUUAUGUUUUAUUUCACGAUGCUAGGUUAUAUUCUGGAAUCGAUUGCCAGAUUACUUUGCAAGUGCAAGAGAAGCUUAGAAGUUGCUUGCCUGUCGAAAUUUAUGUACAAUUACAUUGUUAUUGUUGUGUCCGGAUACUGGGCCAGCUGUCCGAAUACUGGACAACAUAGGAGCUCUGGAAAAAUAUUAAUUUCACGAUGGAAACAAAGACAAAAAAGUUAAACUGUUUUUUGUCAUAUUAAGGACUAAAUGGAUUUUCUCUGGGCUAAAUUUCAGAGCUCUCGGGACUAACAAAGGAAAUUUAUUGCAAUGUUAAACUGAAGUGUGCGGAUACUGGGCAACAUACUGUAUAUUAAUCCAAAUAUGUGAAUGUUAACUUUUAACGUCAUCCUGGGGUACCAGGACCUCCUAUUCUGAGAUUUCUUGGUUUUUUUUUUAGCUUUUUUUUUUAAUCCGACCGACCAACCCAAAAUCAGGAAAUGCAUUCGACGCUAAACGAAAAAAAAAGGGGAUGGCCUAAUUUAAACUAUUGGGGGACUAGAUACCCAGACUUUGGUCCCUGAAAAAUUGUAUCACACCACUGAAAUUUCAGUUGAAACACGACUAGGCACAUUUUAACAGAUGUUCAUGUAUAAAUUUUUGUAAGAAGAAUACUUUGUCCAAUAUUUCUUAAAAAUAUUUUAGCAUAAUAAGCUUAUGAUAUAAGAUAAUAUAUAGAUUUAGCCAGGGCUAAAAUCAAAGCUCUGGUUAAUAAUACAUGUAAAAAAAAAAUUAAAUCGUCUAAUGCUAAACGGGGACGACAAUGAAAAUGGCUUCAAGACUAAUAGAUCUAAUUAGUAAAAAAACAAAUUGCAUGUGCAGCACACUUUUCCUUCUAAUUAGCAAAAAACAAAUUUGCACGUACACGCUUUUUGGUCUUUCCCUUGCCAUUGUUUUGCAUGACUACAACGCUGUUUUGUACAACUAAAACGUCAAACUUCCUAGUUGCACAUUAUUUAUAUGGAAGAAUUGUCAUAUGUGCUUACCCAAUAUCUUGUUACCUGUGUUCAUGUUCGCUUUUAUUUUUCACUGCCG